AAGAAAGACAAAAGGCUUAUUGGCGGGAAGUUAUUCAGAAAUUUAGUGAUGAAAAGCCACGGAAAUUCGAUCGGAAGCCAGAGGACUAAGCAAAGCUUUCUUUUAUAGAAGUCCUAAUCCUCCACCACGUUUCCGAGAGGCAGAGCACGAACGAAUCCUGUCAUAAGUGGGUCAUCCGACUGCGAACAAAGAUUCAUUCAAUCUCUGAAAAUAUUUGCAAGGAGACGAUUCUUGACAGAAAUCUUCAUGGCUUUGUUUUAAUUUCGUUUACACAGUGUUUUGGAUUAAAAGCAAAGAUGUCAGCCAUCUCAGUACUGUGGACUGUUUUAACAGUAGUAUUCACAACCUUAUGCUCCAUCGCCAUUGUGUCACCUUUCUGGUUUGAAAAUGUGCUGGAUCCUGACACUUUCACCCCAGAUAACAGUUCCUUCGCUGCUUUUGGCCUCCUGCGAUACUGCUCUAAAAAGCAUAUUAAAUCAGUUCUUGAUAUGGAUGAAUGGAGAGACUUUGAAACAUGUUCAUUUUAUGGCAGCUUUCAAGACAUUCCAUCUCUGUUUUGGCAGUUUUCUAUCAUCUUUUAUGGUGUUGGACUCUUAUUUUGCUUGUGUUCAGUGGUCUUGGCUCAUGUUUCAUGCUGUAGGAAAACAAUUUGUGGAAGCAGGUCUGUCUUCGGAGUGGCUGGAGUGCUACAAGCUAUUGCAGUUGUCUGCCUGGUGGUCAGUCUUCUACUGUUCCCAUUUGGAUUUGGCACCAAUUUUGUGGAGAAAUAUUGCGGGCCCUCUGGUUUGUUUUAUCCUGGUCAUUGCCAAAUAUCCUGGGCUUACAGCCUUGCGAUCAUGAGUAGUGCUUUGUUUAUCUUUUGUCCUGUCAUUGCAAAGCAUCUGUAUGUUGUAACACCAAGGGCAAAAGCUACAGUUGUAUAAAAGAUAUAUGCAUAUAUUGGUAAAAAACAUCCCACAUGGGGUGGGGGUGAAAUUUUUCAGGCACAAUUGGCCCUUUGCAGCAUGUUGGAAUGAAGCUCAAUUAGAAGGACAUAGCAGUAGGUUUCCAAUUCUCUUGAUAUCGAAAUUAUUUUGUUUUGUCCUCCAAAUUAAGCUGCUUUGACGUCACAUGAUACUUAGGGGUCUAUUAAGAAAGUCUGAAGGUGGGAUGUGUAUAUUGAAGACUGUAUUCUUUCUUCAUAUAAGCAAUCCCUAGAGCUCUCUAUAAUAUAUCAAUCCACUUCUUUGGAGAAGUUUUGAAUCUGCUUAUUGUCCUUCAUACUUUCCCAAGAAAUUCUUAUUAUAUGUGGGCCCUUUUUCCCAUUUUAUGGGUCUGUAUAAACGCCGUUCUAGAGACUCUCUUGCUCUAGUGCAAAUUCCCAUCAUUUCAUGAAUAAUACAACCUACAAAGCACUGGAGUGAAAGAACAUAUGAAACCCAGGGUACAGCAUUAGCGAAAUUGAAAAAUGAUUUGAAAUCUAUAAUUUAGAUGUGAUAAUUAGUUAAUGAUUAUUGAUUAUUUAGACCUGAUUAUUUAUUGUACAAACGUCAUACAUAAUUUUGAUGCAAUACUCCUUAUUAAUAUCAUGUACAUAACUUUUGUUAUAUAAGGUGAAGGCAUUCAACCCGUGAAGUGAAAAAAUGCUAGUCAAGUUGUAAUUGUCAAACGAACACAAUUGCAAAAGAAAACAAUGAAAUUAGGGUCUACUAAUAUCUAUUGGCCUACUAUCUAUUUCACAGCUUCACAGCUUUAGUGACUUCACUCAAUUUUACUAGGAUACAACCUUAUAUCUUGCAUGAAAACUUUUGGGAAAUAAUUUUUUGGCAUUUUCUAAAAAUUCGACUGGGAUGAAAUAUUUGGAUAUAUAUCAGAAAAUUUUUUAUAAUGUACUUUCUCUGACUUGCAUUUUCAAGACAAACUUCAAACUUUGGCAUACUUUCAUCAUUCUAACACUUUCUACCCCUUGUUUUUCCUUGCGGGAGGGGUAGGGAUAUGUCUCCACUUGCACUCAUCCCUUCUUUAGCUCUUACAUUUCAGUGCAUAAAUUUUGCUACCAUUCAUAUAUACUUGUAUACUUUAUAUUUCGAUCAACUUAUAUACUUCACAUAUUUCUAACUAUAUUCUUUGAAAUGUUUUUACCUAUAAUAUAUACAGUAUACCUAUAUGUACAGCAGGGGCAAAGCCAGGAUUUUGACUUGGGAGCCCAAAACUGUUUUCAGAACAUCAGUAAGUCAUGUGAACUUGUUGAAUAACUACUUAAUUUGGUUUUUAGGUUUCUACAGCGUGAGGUGGGGGCCCAGGGCUCUCUUUGACCCCCUGGCUAUGCCCCCUUUGACCCCCUGGCUGUAUGAUGGGAAAUGUGUGGUAUGUCUAUGAAUUUUCCUAAUCAUUUCCCACUCUUACAAAAACUACUUUAAGAAUAGGAAGCUGCUUGUGCUUGUGAGCUUCCUCCACAUUCAAAAAUUUACAUCAUCUCAUGUCUGAUGGAUAUUAUUAGAACACUAUAGCUUUCAAGAACAUUAAUACAUCGAGUUUUUAUGUUGUAAACCAUUCAAAUUCUAAGCAAUUUUAGGGAUCCAUAAAAUUAUGAUCAUAUUAAUAGAUUGAGAUUGAUAAAUAACUUUUAAAAGUAGAUCAUAUAUUCAUUUUAUUUAAGAGUCCUAAAAUAUUACAACCAAUAAAGUAUGAAUAA